UUGCUGAUGGGCUCCUGAAGAACAAUCAAAGAUGGAAAGGACCGCUCCAAUGGUGUGGGAGAACCCUUUGGGUGCUGAUUACGGUGCCACUUGAUACCCAAUAUAGUAACUGAUGUUUGGAUUGAAGGUAUUUACCCGAAUACGAGGCGAGUACUGUCCUAUGCUUGUUGUUGAGCAACAAAAGGCAGGAAAGAUAAUGACAUAGUAAACACUGCGGUAGAAGCUGCCUUGGACGAAUGUUCGAGCUGGAGCAUCACGAGACCAUAGUUACUGCAAUCCAGAAGCGCAUGCUUGCUCCCUAACACCGGUGGGAUGGUAGGUCUCCUCCGGUUUCAAGGCACCGAGUGUUUGGAGCUGUUCUUGCUUUGGAUCAGCUGAAGCACGGAGGUUUGAAAACACCGGAGCUCCACAGUAGGCCAUUGUGGAAUCGUUGAUCGCUGGCCACAAGUGGGUAUUCCUGGAGUCAUUGGUCAACAGCAGAGUCAUACAUCCACCUCAAGCAGCUCAAUUCCUUUCUGUCCACAUCGAUUAACAUGUCCGUCGCCGUCGCCCCAACUCAAUCUGGCCAGGUCACCACCCCCUGGGAGCACGACACUGUAUGACGGUGCUUUGGCAUGAUCGUUCCUGCUGCUGACUGACCACCGUGCAGGCUCUCAAGGAGUAUCUCAACCGGAUCUCCCUCAACAGCGCACCGAUGACGACCUACGUCUCUUUCGAGUACUUGACCAUCCUUGGCUCCAACAUGGUCGGGUCUCUUGUGCUCCAGUCCCAGGACGCUUCUGGCGUUUUUCACUACGCUGUUCUUCCCCUCGCAAAAGGGGACACGGCAACAAACGUGGCCAACACCGGCUUGGUCUUUAUGGAUGGCCAGGACUUCACGAAGUUGGAUAACCAGAUUGUGGAUUUCAAGAUCGCCAGCGGCACGGGAGGUACCGCUCCUUCCUCUUGUGUGGUCUCGUUCUUCGGUAAUGGCAACAUCGCCACGCUCACUCUUACGAAUGGUCAGCUCGGCUGGAUGGGUGCCUCGGGCAAGUGCACGUUCUUCCAAACCCCGGCCCCCCCGGGGUCUGCCCCAAAGCCCAAGGCAGUGUAAGGGCUUUAAAUAGCUCAAAGCGGGCUCGGUCAUCCGGAUUUGGAGGGAAGAGAAGGGGCCACACUCGUUUCUUGAGCUUGACAUCACCGACAAGUUCCUCCUCCCAGAUUACCGUAGAGGGCGUCUUCAACAGGCGUGCCGUUUGAACCUAGUACCAGAAAUAUGAGAGCUGUACGUUUGAUGUUGAAAUUACAUUCAUUUUCCC